UUUCUUUAUAGCCAAAGUUCAGGAGAGGACGUAGAAACUCCACACCCUUCACAAUUUCGCCGUGAGAAAAAUCCACUCUCAUUCUUGGAAGGACAUCUAAGGUUCGUGGGAACCCUUAUGAGGCAGGACAUUCAACGUCUGUCGCUCAUUUCGGAUCCAGGCAACUUCGGAGUUCAACAUUUUCAGGAGACGUUUAGCGGACGUAAACAAUUAUGCUGCCUUCAUUCUCAGUGGAAACCUGGAGUCUCCUGGUUUUGUUUGUUACACUCUUACUAAUUUAUGGAACCUGGCCUUAUGGAUAUUUCAAAAACCUGGGUAUCACUGGACCUCGGCCGUGGCCCUUCCUGGGGUCUUUUGGAUCAAUGAUGACACAAGGAUUUAUCAAAUUUGAUGCAGAGUGCCUCCAAAAAUAUGGAAAAAUGUGGGGGAUUUUUGAGGGCAGAUCACCAAUGUUGAUGGUGUUGGACACUGGGGUCAUAAAGACUGUUAUGGUCAAGGAGUUUUACACUUCCUUCACCAACAGAAGGAAAGGCCAAUUCUCUGGAGCAUUGGCGGAUGCAAUAACUUCUGUUGAAGAUGAAAAGUGGAAGAGAAUCCGGAACAGCCUCUCUCCAACUUUCACAAGUGGACGAAUGAGAGAGGUUUUUCCCAUAGCUGCAAGAUAUGCAGACAACUUAAUAGAAUAUAUAAAAAAACUAAACUUAAAGGAAUCAAUUAACAUAAAAGACCUGUUUGGUUUAUACAAUAUGGAUGUUCUGACUAGUGCUUCAUUCAGUGUGGAGACUGAUUCCAUCAACAACCCAAAUGAUCCAUUUGUUGCCAAUGUAAAGAAACUGAUGAAUUUCAACCCUCUCAAUCCAGUCUUUCUCAUUACUAUUCUGUUUCCUUCACUGGUUCCUUAUUUGGAGAAAUUAGGAAUAAGCCUCUUUUCACCAGCUAUCGUCGAUUAUCUCUUCAGUUCUAUCCAGAAGAUUAGAGAGCAGCACCAAGACAAUGAGCAUGAGAGAGUAGACUUCUUGCAACUCAUGAUACGCUCUCAAAUCUCAGAUGAGGAAGCUGAGAAAAGCAGCAAAGAUCGACCUGUUAAAGGACUGACAGAUCAUGAAAUCCUCUCCCAGUCAUUCAUAUUUAUCAUCGCUGGAUACGAAACAACCAGAACCACUCUCGCUUCUAUUACCUACAAUAUUGCAACAAAUCCAGAUGUUCUUAGUAAGCUUGUGGAAGAGAUUGACUCAAUGUUUCCAAACAAUGCACCUGUCACCUAUGAAAAGCUCAUGAAUCUGGAGUAUCUGGAUAUGGUCAUCAAUGAAUCCAUGCGAGUGUGGACACCAGCUCCACGUCUAGAGAGGAUGUGCAAACAGACAGUGGUAAUAAAUGGAGUCACAAUCCCUAAAGGCACUCUCGUUGCUGUACCUGUGCAUCUAUUACACCAUGACCCAGAGCUGUGGCCUUCCCCUGAGACUUUCAAACCAGAGAGGUUCAGCAAAGAAAAUAAGGAGAGCCUUGAUCCAUACGCUUACCUUCCCUUUGGUAUUGGACCGCGCAAUUGCAUUGGAAUGAGAUUUGCUCUUAUUUCGAUGAAAUUGAUUAUUGUACAGGUGCUCCAAAACUUCAACCUGGAGACAUGCAAAGAGACUCAGAUACCAAUGGAACUUGAUUUCUUGUAUCGGCCAAAAAAGCCUAUAAUGCUUAAGUUUGUACCAAGAUCGGAUUUCAGUGCUAAAGAAUGAUCGAAAGAGGCUCAAUAUUACAAGAACUUAUCUUCCUCAGCAUCAGCAAAUACCUGAAGAUAUUUGUUCUUCUGCAAUCACAGCUAAAUCAUAUUUAGCCAACCUGUAUGAGUAUGAUGUGCAUCAUGUAUUUUGUAAUUUCUCAUUCAUCAUUAGUCUGACCAACAAACAAAAACCAAAAAGAUCCUACAGUAAAGCCAUAAGUGACUGCCCCUUGCACCUGGUGAUUGGGAUGAAAAGAACCUACAUUUCCUGUGGAGCUUUUUUUAAGUGAGCGGCAUGCUUUUGAUAACUCUUCAGGAUGAGGAGAGCAGUGAUCUGUGAUUUGUGAUACUGGACCUUUUGUAUUGGACCAUGCAAUAAUGAUGAGCUUAAUUCUAUGAAUUAUGGUUAUGGUUCUCUUAGCAGGCGCUUUUGUUGAAAACAUAACUAUAAACCGCAGGACCAUGUUUUAUGCAAAUAAAAAAAACAAAACCAUGUAUUAAAUGCGUCCUUAUAUUAACCAUAGUAAUUCCAAUGAAUCUGAAUCAUAUUGUGCUUUAAUUAUAAAGAGGAAUGAAUAAAAGAAAUGCAGUCCCAUGUAACCGCACCCUAUGAGGUUUGAACUAGUCCUUUAGCAGUCAAAACGUUGCUCAAAUAAAGUUGCCUUAAAUAAAGUUAAAACUAUAUUUUAAUGUUA